AUGGCCGCGCCCGGUCAACCCUCCCCCCAGCAGAUGGCACAGAUGGCCGCGAUGCAGCAACAAUUCGCUGCAGAAGCCGCCAAGCGAGGUCUUACACCGGAACAAUUCGCACAGCAGCAGCGAGACCAGCUUGCCGCUGAUGCUGCCAAACAAGGACUCACUCCUGAGCAAUACAUUGCGCAACUACGCAUGCGUGCGUUCCAGGCGCACCAGCAGCAAAUGGAGGCUCAGCGUCAGGCCCAGGCUCAAGGCCAAGGGUCACCUCAACCAGGACAACCGCAGCAACCAGGGCAGCCCGGACAGCCAGGACCCCAAGCACAACCUCAAGCUCAGCAGCCAGCUCAGGCCCAGCAACAGACACAUCAAGUGCCCGUCCAACCUGGACAGCCCGCCGAUCCUAAGGCUGUAGCUCUGGCCAAUUUCCUUCGUUCGCAGAACUUGAAGACUCGGACUUGCAUUCUCGACGGCCAGCGCAAGGACAUGUUCAAGGUGAAGCGAGCCAUCCGAGCCAUCGAGUCACCCGCUUACGCCAAAGUUGCCUCCAAAAAGAACUCUAUUCUUCCUCCUGUGACUGAUCGUGCGUCGGCCGAGAACGUGUUCAAGCUGCUCCCUCUUUCUUUGUUGGCCCUUCGUGUCAGCAAGGUGGAUCCCCACGAGGGACAUAACCAUGCAAAACCCAAGAAUCGGGUCAAGGGACAAUGGACUGUGAAGAUUGAGCAGCACCAAGACGUGGAUCCCAUGAUGCACUAUGUGUGGCUCUACGAGGGUCCUCAGUGGAAGCAAAAGGCCAUGGCCGCCGCCGUUGUGGCCGGUAUCUUCGCUGUCGUCCUUUUCCCGCUGUGGCCAGUCAUGCUGCGCCAGGGUGUCUGGUAUCUGAGCGUGGGAAUGAUGGGCCUACUCGGUCUCUUCUUCGCCAUGUCCAUCUUCCGAUUGAUUCUCUUCUGUAUCACCGUCUUCGCCGUUCCACCCGGUCUGUGGUUGUUCCCCAACCUCUUUGAGGAUGUUGGUUUCUUUGACAGUUUCAAGCCUCUGUGGGGCUGGCAAGAGACAAAGAAGAAGAAGAGCAAGAAGUCCAAGACCGCCGCCGACGCCACGGCUACUAAGUCUGCGGAAAAAUCACUGGAGAGCCAUCCUGCUGCCACCACAACCUCCGCCGAGACGACAGCUACGUCCACCGCAACACCCGUGAAGCGUGAUCUGGCUCCUCGAGUGGAAGAAGUGGAAGAGUGA